UCCAUCCACCACGAUCAUCAGAACUUGAAAAUAAACUUAGUACUCAAAUUACAAUACGCAAAAUCUCUCAAUAUGGCAUGCGGCUGUGGACCUGGAGGCGAGAAAUGUCCCUGCAAUGGGCCAAAAUCUUGCACCUGCUCCCAGAACUGUCAAUGCAAGGAUUGUGGGAAAUGAAAGGAUGUUCUCAACGAAGUGAUUGCUGAGAGAUGUGGACUUGCAAAGCAGAGAUACGUUGGUCGCUUUUGCUAUGAAGCAGCACCGCAGAGAUGGAGGGGAGGAAAGAAGAUGCCGUUUUAUUCACAGAAAAUUCCCCCAGAACACUUACUCUACACUCAUUAGCAUCCUUACUCCCAUCAUUAGUAUAAAUGAUAGUGGUUGUAAGGUCCUGAAAAUCAUCAAAACUUUAUGUGAAGCCGAAUUUCACUUCUGGAUGAAUGAAAUGCUUCCGUACACCACAAUUCAUACCACAAACCACAUCUUUGGCGUAGCUUUGCCGGCUGGCUGCCGGCCAAUUUUGUGCGGCUGCCAUUGCAAUGGCCUGGAUAUACUGGCGUCGCGUCACGGUUGUUGUAACAUUGCUGAUAUUACUGAUUAGGAUUAAGUGCACACCAGGAAUGGUAAGCUU